GUACAUCUGAGAAUUCACACAGGGGAGAAGCCAUUUUCAUGUUCAGAAUGUGGGAAAUGUUUCAAGCAUAAACCGCAUCUUGUUAUACAUCAGAGAAUUCACACAGGAGAAAAGCCAUUUUCAUGUUCAGAAUGUGGUAGAUGUUUUAAGCAUAAAUCAUAUCUUGUUAUACAUCAGAGAAUUCACACAGGAGAGAAGCCAUUUUCAUGUUCAGAAUGUGGUAGAUGUUUUAACCGUAAAUCAGAUCUUGAUGCACAUCAGAAAAUUCACACAGGAGAGAAGCCAUUUUCAUGUUCAGAAUGUGGGAAAUGUUUUAACCGGAAAUCAAAUCUUGAAAAACAUCAGAGAAUUCACACAGGAGAGAAGCCAUUUUCAUGUUCAGAAUGUGAUAUGUUUUUUAACCAUAAAUCACAUCUUGUUAUACAUCAGAGAAUUCACACAGGAGAGAAGCCAUUUUCAUGUUCAGAAUGCGGUAAAUGUUUUCACCAAAAAUCAAAUCUUGUUACACAUCAGAGAAAUCACACAGGAGAGAAGCCAUUUUCAUGUUCAAAAUGUGGAAAUUGUUUUAACCAUAUAUCAGAUCUUGUUAUACAUCAGAGAAUUCACACAGGAGAGAAGCCAUUUCCAUGUUCAGAAUGUGGGAAAUGUUUUAACCGGAAAUCAGUACUUGUUAUACAUCAGAGAAUUCACACAGGAGAGAAGCCAUUUUCAUGUUCACAAUGUGGGAAAUGGUUUAAGCAUAAAUCAUAUCUUGUUAUACAUCAGAGAAUUCACACAGGAGAGAAGCCAUUUUCAUGUGCAGAAUGUGGGAAAUGUUUUAAUCAGAAAUCAUCUCUUGUUACACAUCAGAGAAUUCACACAGGGGAGAAGCCAUUUUCAUGUUUAGAAUGUGGGAAAUGUUUUAACCGUAAAUCAGAUCUUGAUAAACAUCAGAGAUUUCACAUAGGAGAGAAGCCAUUUUCAUGUUCAGAAUAAUGUGGUAAAUGUUUUGAGUACAAAUCAUUUCUUGUUAUACAUCAGAGAAUUCAUACAGGGGAGAAGCCAUUUUCAUGUUCAGAAUGUGGGAAAUGUUUUAAACAGAAAUCAGAUCUUGUUAUACAUCAGAGAAUUCACACAGGAGAGAAGCCAUUUUCAUGUUCAGAAUGUGGUAAAUGUUUUCCCCAAAAAUCUCAUCUUCUUGUACAUCAGAGAACUCACACAGGGGAGAAGCCAUUUUCAUGUUCAGAAUGUGGGAAAUAUUUUGAGUAUAAAUCGACUCUUGUUGCACAUCAAAGAAAUCACACAGGGGACAAGCCAUUUUCAUGUUCUGAAUGUGGGAAAUAUUUUGAGUAUAAAUCAACUCUUGUUGUACAUCAGAGAAUUCACACAGGGGAGAAGGCAUUUUCAUGUUCAGAAUGUGGGAAAUGUUUUAACCGUAAAUCAGAUCUUGUUAAUCAUCUGAGAAUUCACACAGGAGAGAAGCCAUUUUCAUGUUCAGAAUGUGGGAAAUGUUUUAACAUGAAAUCAGAAUUGGUUAUACAUCAGAGAAAUCACACAGGGGAGAAACUGUUUUCAUGUUCAGAAUGUGGAAAAUAUUUUAACCAGAAAUCAUAUCUUGUUACACAUCAGAGAAUUCACACAGGGGAGAAGCCAUUUUUAUGUUCAGAAUGUGGGAAAUGUUUUAACAGUAAAUCACAACUUGUUAUACAUCAGAGAAAUCACACAGGAGAGAAGCCAUUUUCAUGUUCAGAAUGUGGAAAAUGUUUUAACAGUAAAUCAUAUCUUGUUAUACAUCAGAGAAAUCACAUAGGAGAGAAGCCAUUUUCAUGCUUAGAAUGUGGGAAAUGUUUUGAGUAUAAAUCAGCUCUUGUUGUACAUCAAAGAACUCACACAGGGGAGAAGCCAUUUUCAUGUUCAGAAUGUGGAAAAUGUUUUAACCGUAAAUCAUCUCUUGAUGUACAUCAGAGAAUUCACACAGGAGAGAAGCCAUUUUCAUGUUCAGAAUGUGAUAUGUGUUUCAACCUAAAAUUAUCUCUUGUUAAACAUCAAAAAACUCACAUAUAAGAGAAGCCAUCUUCAUGCUUAGCCCGUUAGUGACCUCCCUUAUGUGUUUUUUUGGUGGUCACUGGCUUUAUUCUUUCAGAUACUCCUUUUUACAGGGAGAUAAAACAGCGCCUUGCAUUCAGUUACUUAAGGUAGCCGAUGGCUUGGAGCGAUGAUUGGAACCGCUGUGAGAGCUCCCUAAACAAACAUAGUCUCCUGCAUUGAAUGAAUAUUGGUAAUCAAAGGACAGAAGAUCCAGU